AUGUGGAGUAAUGUUGUGGGAGGUGGGGGUGGCUGCGCAAUGGGGAGGCGGCGGCGAAACGGCGUGCGCAGGCGACAGGACGCGCGGCCGCCGCCGCCGGCGAGCUCGUAUCGAGCGAACGGGCGGCGCAACGUCCUCGGCGGGCGGCACGCGAGCGCGCGCUCAGUCCGCGCCCGGCCUCGCUGCGGCAAUGACCGACCGAAGUACGUUGUCGCCGCCGCUAUGACGACCCACCGCGUCGCGCUGCGCUGCGCGCUGCUCGGCCUGCUCGCGCUGGGCUGCGCGGCCGACAGCCACCGCAUCGACGAUGACGACGACUCGGCGCCCCGCGCCAACGUGAGCAAUAUCACCAUCUACACGCACAACCACGGCGGGCGUCGUGACGGUUCCUACCGACCGGCGUUGCCGCCGCCGCAUCCUCUCCCCGAGGACAAGCAGCGGCAGGAUGCCUACGGCCCGCGCGAUGAGGACGACUUGGCCGCCGGUAUCGACUACGAUCAGACAGGCGUCGAGGUGGACGGCGAAGGCGGCGAAGGGGCGCACAACAACAGCGAGCGGCCCGAGGCGCCCGCCCCGCUCUUCCCCGCAGAUCUUUUUACGAUGGAGCAGCGUCGGCAGGGUGCCGUCGUCCUGCACGUCCUAGGCGUGAUCUAUAUGUUUGUCGCGCUCGCCAUCGUCUGUGACGAAUUCUUCGUGCCUGCGCUGGACGUCAUCAUCGAGAAGCUGGACAUUGCCGACGACGUGGCGGGCGCCACAUUUAUGGCAGCCGGCGGCUCCGCGCCCGAGCUCUUCACGAGCGUAAUUGGCGUCUUCGUAUCGUUCGACGAUGUCGGCAUCGGCACCAUUGUCGGCUCGGCUGUCUUCAACAUUCUCUUCGUGAUCGGCAUGUGCGCGAUCUUCUCGAAAACUGUGCUCACGCUGACGUGGUGGCCGCUGUUCAGGGACUGUUUCUUCUACUCGGCCAGCCUCCUCACGCUGAUCUACUUCUUCAGAGACAACCACAUCUAUUGGUACGAGGCGCUGAUCCUCUUCCUCAUCUACAUCUCAUACGUGGGCUUCAUGAAGUGGAACCAGCCCACUGAGCGCUGGGUGAAAAAAAUCCUCUACAAGAAUCGCGUCACACGCGUGCGGAGUACCGAUCAACUGAUGCCCACGCACCAAGCCGCGGCGCAAGCUUUGCAUGGAACGGUGGCGACUUCGAGCGAGACGAGCGUCGGCACGCAGCCUGGCGGCAGCGUGACGUCGCGCACCGCCUCCGAAACGCCAGCGCCCGGCGCCGCAGGCCACCAUCAUACCGGCGCAAAGUUCCGCCACGGUCUCCUUCAGCUUAUGAUACACACCAUCGAUCCGCUGCAUGAUGAUACCGGUCCGAGCAAAGUGGACGAGAAAGCAACACAGUUGCACGCAAUCGCCUCGCUGAAGGUGUUGCUGGACGCGACGAAACCCCAAAACGGUGCCGCCACCAGCUCGGCGGCGAACCACGUGAGCGCCGCCUCUGCCGUCACCACCGCGCUGACCGCACAGCGUGAGACGAUGCUGGCACCGUCCAACAUACCGGACAUGCCUAACGGCAUUGCCAGCAAUUUGAACGAUGUCAAUUUAGAAGCGCUAUCCCCAACAAGCCUAGCGAAGCGGCGCAUGUCAUCGGUGCGCGCGCGUAAGUCCCUCACUCCUCAAGCCGUGGUGUGUCUGCAGGUGGGCGACGGACCCGAGGAGGACCCGCCCGAUCCGCUCGACAUGAGCUGGCCUUCCGGUGCGCGCAAGAGGAUCACCUACAUCCUGCUGGCACCCAUCGUCUUCCCGCUAUGGCUCACAUUACCUGAUACUCGCUCACCUAGAGGUAAGAAAUUCUUCCCGAUUACGUUUGUGGGAAGCAUCCUGUGGAUCGCCGCGUACUCGUACCUGAUGGUGUGGUGGGCGAAUAUGGUCGGCGACACUGUGAUGAUACCUCCGGAGGUGAUGGGGUUGACGUUCCUUGCGGCCGGAACCUCCAUUCCGGAUCUCAUCACGUCCGUCAUCGUCGCGAGAAAGGGCUUCGGUGACAUGGCCGUCUCCUCUUCCGUCGGGAGUAACAUUUUCGAUGUUACCGUCGGUUUACCAGUGCCUUGGUUGAUAUACGGCAUUGUCUACGGAAAGCCCGUUGAGGUGAACUCGGUGGGGAUGGUGUGUUCGAUCACCAUCCUGUUCAUGAUGCUGCUGUUCGUCAUCAUGUCGAUCGCCUGCUUCCGCUGGAAGAUGAACAGAGGGCUUGGUUUCACCAUGUUCCUGCUGUACUUCGUUUUCGUGGCCGUCUCAUUGAUGUUCGAGUACGAGAUCAUCGUCUGUCCCUUUUAAGUAGCGCAUAGGAUGCAAAAGAUCCUCAAGUGGCGUCAAACGCAAAAAAGGAUAUACAGUUAUCAAAAUACUAGCGAACCAACACCAUAUUACGAAAAGUGUUGACAGAAUGAAAAUCUACAACCAACCAGAAAAGCAAACAAAUAAAGUCAAUGAUUAUAUUGAAAUUGAUACAAUGAAAACCAAACAAAACGUGCAAAAUUUUAACUAUUUGGUAGAAUUUGGUUAGGAUAACAUAAAAUAAACUAGCGAAUGUAAUGCUUGAUGCAUUUUCGUAAGUCAUGCGAGUCUAAAUACAAAGGAAUUAAAACGUAACGAACAAUUUAGAAGAGAACAAAACGUGUGUGACGUGAUUGCACUUGUUAUUCGCAUUUUAUCACAAAUAUGGCAACGAUAAACCUAGUAUACAUAAAUAAUUUAACGUUUUAGAAGAUGACAAUUCACUACAGCCAACAUCUUGACAAAUUAACUAAUGAAACAAAAAAUAAUGAGAUAUAUGAUUUUGAAACCAAUGGCAAUAUUAGACAAAUUGCAGAAAGAAAAAACUUCACGCACAAAAAUCGAAUGAACAAAAAACUUACGAAUAUAACUGGACGAUUACUUAAACAAACAAAGAAACAAAAUAAACGCAAGGCGAUUGUGUUAUACAUGACGGUGUGAAUAACUUUAAAAUCCAAUGCAAUUGUAAACUAACGCGACUUUCGCAUCAAAAUAUAUAUCGACUUCCAAAAACACGCGCUAGAGUGGUUUUAGACAGAAAAACAUACUGUAGAAUCAUUGCGAAAUCAAAAACGAGAAACAACUUCAACAAAGGGAUGCUUAUUCUCAGCGAGAAUACCAACCAGGAACCCAAACAAACAAAAACAAGAUACAAGAUGAAAAGAAAAAUAUAUAGCAAUAAAAUUAUGAGCAUAGACUAAUUUUUACUAUAAUAAAAUUAAUAAUGUUGUUUAUUAAGGGUCAUAUAUAUUGAGAAAGAGAUUUACCCGAGAGGAGAUAUGACAAAAUAUAUAUUAAACAAAAAGCCCAAAAAAUAUUUGUAUUAACACCUCGAUGAAUACAGAAAUUAACAGUUUUAAAAACUGGUAUAGUAAAAACACACACAAAAAAACAUAAAUGAGAUGAUAAAUGAUAAACUAACAAAUAGUAUGAGUAUGAGUACUAACGAGUCCUUUUAAAUGUAGAUAUUAUACAUAAAUACAUAACUUAAUUAUAUACAUAUAUAAAUAUAUUAUAAUGAUAUGAUAUAUAUAUGUUUAAGUUGACAGCUGAUUUCAUAUGAUGCGAUAGACGUUUGGUUUUUUAUCACGAGAUGACUUUUUUCGAACUACACGAAAAGCGCAUGAAACUAGACAUUUUUAGAAUUAUAAUACUUAUACACAUAAUUAAGAUGAUGGAAAUUAUGUAGAGCAACACCAUACACACACACAAUAAAAACACAACACACAAUCACAUCCAAAAUAACAAGAAGAACACAUAACAAAAGCGCUGUUUUUAUAUCGAUGAAACAAUAUUGUUGUUCGUAGCGAUUAACGGAUUCACAAAUUUGUUUCGCAGCAAGCAGGGGUAAUAAUUAAAUGAACAAUUGUACAUUAUAUAAAAACUAAAAGCAAGCAAAAAAAUUUAAACUAAACGCAGAAUUAAUUGUACCUUAUAACGUGUUUAACGUUUACUAUUGGGUGUGUAGCAAACAGCAGCUGAAAUUUGUAGGCAUUCAAGUGACACAUUCUCACCACGCUAUUAAUAUAUUUCAAAGAAAUUUGUGCGUGAAUGUGAACGAAAACGAAGUGAUAAUGCAGUAGAACACACCAAACACACUCACACAUACACACGCAAAUAUUCAAAUAUUAAUAUAUAAAUAUAGAAACACACACAAAAAAAGAAGAAUUACAAACGUACAUAUGAGUGGAGAUAUGGAACAACUUCCCGAUUUUAAAUUUAUUAAUUAGCCGUGUUACACAUUAAUGACUUACGAUUACGAGGUAUGGUACACAGCGAGAUGCUUGUGCGUGUAAAAUAUUAUCAUCCGACUAAUGCAUUCAUACUAGCGACACCUGUAGGACAAUAGCGUACAUACCAAAGAAACGUUAUGAACAGGCUUUGAAAGUUGUACCAGUUACCAGUUUUGUUGAUUUCGAUUAUUUCGGUUUGUUUCACUUUGAGUUACAAGAGAACAAAACAUCGAACAUGUCAAAGCUUUACCUUUUUACCAUUUGGUCGUGUUACAGUUUUGCCAUUUUACCGUUGAAUCAUCAGUUGACAGGUUAUCAGGCCUAAUCAUUCUUCUAAGCGUACGCGUAUACUAAACAUUAACUUUAAACUUAACUUGACGACAUAGAUACAUACACAGGGUGUUUCGGGUUUGAACAAUACACUUACACACAUACAAAACACUCACUUUCUGUAAGUGCCUAUUCGUUGUGUUUCUCUUCUAUCUAUCAAAUCUAACAUUACUCAGACACCAUGUUCCAUAUGUGAUAAAUUGUUUCAAUGAUUUCUUUUCCAUCCCUCUCCUCGAGUACCUGCUUUUGAAUUGAAUGCAAACAAAGUGAAAUGGACACAUAUAGUACAAAAAUAAGCAGCCAAUCAAUCUUGUUACAUUAUAAAUAUUAAAUCAAAACAUAACCUAACCAAAUUUUGUGACUAAAUUGUUGUUUAUUGAUUGAUUUCGAACGAUUACUCAUCAUUCUCACGAAAGAAAUUAAAAAUUACGACAAAAACAAACAAAAAGCUAUUAGAGAGUUAUUCAUAGGUAAUCUUGCACCUAAAUCACAUUACCUAUUGUAAUCAGAGUAAAUCUAACCUAAAAAUCUUUGAUGUCGUUUGCAAAACUAUAGAAACAAGAAUAUAUAUAAAGAUUAAUGACGAGGUGGUGUAAACAAGAGGGAUAUUCUCUAUAAAAAUGCAAGCGAUGCCAUAACCCAAGCGAGCAAAUGAGAUGAUUAGAUAAAAAGCGAAUAUUAAAACUAUAUUCACCAAAGACGCACUUCCAAAUCGAUGUUUUUCUAUACUUAAAACUUAAAUGAAACUACUACAAAUUAUAAAUUAAAUCGCCGAUGCUAGAUCGGCGGUCGAUGAUGAACAUAAAAAAUAAGAUGAUGAAGAAAAAAAAAACACGUAGCUAUUCAUAUACUUAAAUUUAAAUGAAUAAAUAUUAAAACUAUCGAUAAGUAAUAUUUGCGAGUACGUGAUGCGGCAUAUAUAACACACAUUCAACACUAAUACUCAACUUGGCGAACGACAGGUUGACGCAUUAAACAUUAAUUAAACUAUAAAUGAUGAAAACGAGUCCAGUAGUUUUAGGGCAUAUCAAUUAUUGUAUUAUGAAGCGGGUUUUAAAUUUUAGACACAAACACACUCUAACACACACGCCAUUUCAAUCGAGUGAUAGGUAGCAUACAUUACUAGUCUUGUGUCUCUGUCAGUUUUAUCAAACUUAUUAUUCGCAUCACAUAAACGUAAACAUUUCGUGCGGGUAUGAUAAUUAUUAUGACCAACAUGGUGCUGACAUCUGUUGUCAAAAUAUACAAAUCAUACCGGCUUACCUGCUAUUAUUCCACAAUAAUAAACAAGUUAUAAAAACUAAAAAUUAAAGUGAGUAAAUAAAUAACACACACGAAUGAUAAACAGAUGAGCAACUUUGAGAUUUGAGAUUUUACGGUUUGUUAAUGAAGUUUCCAAAAAAAAAAAAACAACAACUCUACUUACCUAUAUUGACUACAUACUUAAAUCUUGUUCUCUAUUGUCAAGACUUCUAUCUAUCAAUAUACUUAUCUAUACUUAUCAGCCAAUUGAAAAUUAAUCUGAACUAAACUAAUGAUUGUUGACAAUGAACGCAAAACUAAACAUACAAUUAUGUUAAUUUUAUCUAUUUGUUUUGAAUCUUAUCCUGCGCGUGCGCGAAGCCUCUCUGUGUAUGUAUUCACUUCAUUUCGUGUUCAGAAAUCUAAAACAACGCUAGAAAUAAAAUCUAACCUUAAAUUGGACAAGGACUUAACCAAACUUCAAACUGUAAUAUAAUUGUAGAUAUAUACUUACAGUCUUACAAACAGACAAAGCUAUCGAUUUCAUUUCAUUGACUUUAGCCCAUGACGCAAGGAAUAUUAAAGUUUUUGUCUUCAGUUUAAGUUUGGUUUGUAUGACGAUGUUGAUCGUUUUGCGUUCCACACAUUUUGACUUAACAUAUCUGAUUGUUGUUAUAAUAUUGUUGUAUAAUGUUGAGAGAGAGAAACGGGCGAAACGCGGGUCUCAUUGUAAAAAUUUCGUUGUCAUUUAAUGGACGUUUGGCAUUAUGUACAAACGCAUUGUAAUUUUAUAGGAAGGGCAUAACUAGUGUAUAUUUAAUUAAGAUAUAAUUGCUAGCGGCGUGCGAAAAUUUGAGAGAUUUGCCGACUUUCCACACCAUCACGCUCGCGAUCCAGUUAGGUUGUUUGAGUUUCGCUGAAUGUACAGAUAAAUAAAGUUUAAGUUUUUGUAUGUAUGUCGUUCCGCGCGCGUUGUAAUGUUAUAUGAAGCAUACGUUUGAUUGUACUUUUGCGCAUCAUAGGCAUAUACCACCACCAGCAAAACAAAAUGAAGAAAAAUGAUAUGAGCAACCAACAUGAUGAAAAAUAUUAAGUAAAAAUUAAUCAAUUAAAUUAUAUAACAUUAAAAUAAACAUUAAAUUUUAACAAGAUACAGAGAAUAUUAAGAUUGUUAAUGGUGUAUAUCUAGUAGAUUGUUAUUGCUAGAAUGAAAAACAAAUUUUUAUUAUUAUAGGAAUGUAAUGAUAUUAUUAUUGAAACCAUUACCAUGGUAUGUUACUUUUUUGCCGACAAUAUAUGACAUGUAUAAUAUUAAAA